UAUGGAUCAAAAAUCAUUAAAGCAAAUAUUAAGUUCAAGUGAUACUUAUGGUGGCACCAAAAUUUAUAUUUAAGCUGUGUAAUAAUAAUAACCGUACACUAUAUGAUUUAUAAUCAGGGAUAUUAUAAAAAUAUGUUCAGAAGUAGUAAUCAGCAUAUUAUAAGAUUAAUAAGGACCUCAUCUACCUAAAUUUUAUAGCUUAAAAGUAUAGUAUGACAUUAAUUAAGUUUAUUAAUGAACUAUUAGAGUUAUAAGAAUAUGAUUGGAUUGAUUUAACUUAGAAAAAAAUAUUACCAAUUUUAGAAGAGUUUGCAGUAUUUAAAAAAGAAAGUCAAGAUGAUGAAAGAGGAAAACAUCUAUUUUUUCAAAAUAUAUCAUAAAAAAAGAAAUAUGAAUAAUUUAAAGAAUUGGAAUACACUGGAAGUAUAUUUUUUAGAUACACACUUGAAAGUAUAUGGGUUUGGAGUAAAUGGUUUCCUAUUGAUACUGCAGUAGGUAAGUUAAGUUUAUUUAAAAUUGCUUAAGAGAGACUUUCUAUUUUAAAAGUUAAAUUUCCUCUCAUUUCUUAUUUUAAUAAAAAUUAAGUUAUAAAUCAUAUACAAAUCUAAAGGGUAAAUUAUCUAUUAAAUGUUAGCCUCCAAAAGAAAUGUUAGAAGAAUGCAGAGUUGUCAUAAAAGAACAUUUAGAAGAUGAUACAAAUACUGAUCUUAAAAAUUUCUAGAAUAUAUUAAAUAAAGUUUAUUUUACAGAGAAAAAUCAUUCAUUACAUAGCACUUAGACUUAUCCAUAAAUAUGGAAACAAUCAGUUGAAAUGAUGAAAUAAGGUAAAAUGGGAGAAGAUGUACAAAUUAAAUUAAGAACUGCUCAAAUAUCAAUUAUGUAAAAAAAAUUCUUCUAGGCAACUUAGAAUUUGAAAAAAAGCAAAGUUGCUUUAUAAUAAUAAGUUAUUAAUUUUUCUACUGUUUUAAGUGAAAAAGAAAAAUUAUUGACAGAAAUAAAUAGUCAUAUUAUGGAAAAGGAUGCAUUAUAAAAUUAAAUAUUUUAAUUACAAAAAAAACAAUAAGAAUAUUAGAAAGAAAAUGAAGAUUUAAGAAUUUAAAUUAAUUAAUUAAAACUUUAAUCAGAUACAACAGAAAUUAAAUAGAUAUCUCCAAUAACUUCUAAUAAUUUUAAUGAAUAAUUUUAUAGAUCUAAAGAUAUAGAACGACAAUUAUAAAAAAAAGAUGUUGAGAUUAAGAGAUUAUCUGAAUAAGUCUAACAUUAUAAAGAUUUUAUUAAUUAAAUGAAUGGAAAUUUUGAUCAUUUAUAAAAAUAAUAAGAAGAAACAGAAAUGGAAAGAUUUAAACUACAUUAAGAAAACAUUUAAUCUCAAUUGAAAUAAGAAGAACUUCAAAAUCAAAUUGGAUUAUUAAAAUAAUCAAAUGCCAGACUCAAUGAAAUAAUUAAAUAAUUAUAAUCUUAAAAUAAUCAAUAAUACGAAGAACAUUUACAAAGUUUAGAAAAGAAUUCCAUAUAUAUUCAACAAUUAAUCUAAGAAUAAACUGAAAGUGGAAAUUAAACAAAAAAUGUUUAAUUUUAAGAAAUGUAAGAAAAAAUUUAAAGUUAAAAUAUAGAAAUUGAAAAUUUAAAGAAAUUAUUAGAAGAAAAUUUCAAAAUAUAAGCAAAUACUUCUACUAAAUAAUGUAAAAAUAUCAAUAAAAUUAGAAUUUUAUGGUAAAAAACUGGAGAAAGGAUUUUAUAAUGAUAGUAUAAAGAAUUCAACUUUGUAAAAGUCAGAUUAAAAUUAAGUAGAAGAUUAUGGAUGGGGAUACAAUAAAAAUUAAUUAGGGCCAUUAUAUAAUUCAUAACAACAUUAAGAAAAUAAAAAAAUAAUGGAAAAUUUUUAAUAAAAAAAAAAUUGA